CAAAGUGUAUAUCGGAUGGAAGAAUUUCAUGGAUCGCUGACCGUGCUUCGAGGGAAGAUAAGCUUGAGUAUUCCGAGGGAAAGGAGGCAGCAAGGCUAAACAAUGAAGAGUCCGACAGCGACGAGAACGGCGUGGUCGAUGGAAGAUAACGAGAAAUGAGAGAUCUUUCAACUGGCAGCAAGGUGAAGGAACUUCAAGCCAUGCUCUUCCCAGUUCAACCGAUUCCUGGCAGUACGCUGGCAAACUUGAACAAGCUUCAGGAACUACAGUUGCUACAGCUAGGACAAUGCGAGGUUCCACGACGGGAAACCGAAUUGUCUCUGUUCUCUAUGCCGUUUGGGACCAAGGAUGAUCAGUCGCAAGAAACGCUUCGAAGCCUAUUGGACACUCGUUGCAUGAUAGAUGGGAUCACUCAGGAAGCUGCUAGAUGGCCCACCGAGUGUCAAGUACUUCCGGAAAGAGUUAGGCACAUAGAAUACGCUCCAGAUGUUCCAGAGCCGUUCUACGUGCCAACCGGGAAGGAACCGAGACCAAAGCCACUAGGAGACGAAUAUGGAACUGUGAUAUUUCGAUAUCAUCCUAUCAGUAUCACCAGUUACUUCAGUAGAUCCUGCGUGGGUGGAAACACGGUCGCACCGUUUCCACCGGAAUUUUCAACAGAUUUAGAGAGGGACGAAUCAAAGGACGACGAUACAGCCAGAGAUGUGCUUCUGAUAACCAGAAUGUCCGAUGUAAUAGAUACCAACACCGAUUUGCACUUUGAAUCUCGGUUUGAAUCUGGAAACCUUUGCAAAGUCGUGAAGAUCACUGACACGUAUUAUCAACUUUACCUUAGAAAAGAUCUUUACACUCAAAGACACACGCAGUGGUAUUACUUCAGGAUAUCGAAUACGAGGAGCAGAACGAAUUACAGAAUAUCCAUCGUGAACCUUUGCAAAGAGGAGAGUCUAUACAACGAGGGUCUUCGACCACUCCUGUACUCGACUGAGGACGCCAAGAAACGAGCCGUUGGUUGGAGAAGAUGCGGAGAGAAUAUUGCUUAUUACAGGAACGAUUCAUCAAGCGACGAGGAAAAAGAGAAACACACGUUGACGUUCAACAUCUCCUUUCCUCAUGACAGAGACACUGUCUAUUUGGCACACUGUUACCCGUACACCUAUACAGACCUACAGGAAUAUCUUGCCAAACUAGUCGCGGAUCCGGUGAAAUCUAGAUAUACCAAAUUGCGACUACUGUGCCGGACAUUGGCUGGGAAUGGAGUCUACUACUUAACUAUCACUGCCCCUACUUACGACGAAGAGGCGCGAAGGAAAAGAGGCAUCGUCGUCACCGCACGGGUUCAUCCUGGGGAAACUCCAUCUAGCUGGACGAUGAAAGGGAUUAUUGACUUCUUAACAGGAGAAUCGAAUCAAGCCAGAGUACUCCGAGAAAGAUUCGUGUUCAAGUUAAUCCCCAUGCUGAACCCGGAUGGCGUUAUCGUUGGUAAUAACCGGUGCUCGCUGUCGGGGAAAGAUUUGAACAGGCAGUACAGAACUGUGAUGAGAGAAAGCUACCCUUCGGUAUGGCACACGAAGCUAAUGAUACGCCGGUUACUGGAGGAAUGCGGAGUGGCCAUUUACUGUGAUCUGCACGCACACUCUAGGAAACAUAAUAUAUUUGUUUAUGGUUGUGAGAAUAAGAGAACCGCCUCGCAAACAAGGCUUUCCGAACAAGUGUUUCCUCUGAUGCUGCACAAGAAUGCGGCUGACAAAUUCUCUUUCGAAAACUGCAAAUUUCACAUGGAGAAGGGUAAAGAAGGUACAGGGAGAGUCGUGAUUUGGUCUAUGGGAGUACAGAACAGUUACACGAUGGAAGCAUCAAUGGGAGGAACAAAGAUAGGCUCCAGGUCUGGAACUCACUUCUCCACUCAAGACUACGAGCAGAUUGGAAAAGUAUUCUGCGAAACUCUAUUGGAUUUCUUUGACCCGGACCCUGUCAAGGAGAGACUGCGGAACAAAAUAAUCGCUAGGCUAAUGAAGGGUGGUUCCAGCGCUGAAGAACCGACAAAUAUCGAUUUAACGGAUUACUCCAGCGACGAGGGAGACACGUCGGAGAGCUCAAUCUCCGGAAAAGAAGAAAUAGAGUUCACAGAAGGGGCAUGGACUUAUACUGUGAGAGAACCGAUUGUUUCUCCUCAAUAUUUGUGUGCCCCACCGCCUACGCCAACAUUCGUUCCUCUCAGAAGCUUAGAACUGGCGAAAAGGAGAAGCAAAAAGGACACAACCGCUAACAGAAGCUAUCUUCGACGUAGGAGAAUGCUGACUAGAAGAGCAGUAAUGGAUUUACCGACUACAGAUCCAGGCAGUGAUUUGUGCGACUAUAUUGAUUCAGCGGAUGAAGGGCUAACAAGACCAGAACGUUCCUCGGCAAGAAUUCGCGAACACGAUAAAAAGGAACCUAUCCAAUUUAUGGAGAAAGAGACGGAAGAAAUCUCUAAUAAUGAUUUGGUCUUGCCAGAAAUUGUGAGACCUCGUAGCAUGUCAUUGGGCGAGAAUUUCAGUGUGAACGUGGAGGCACCAAAGGCAAACAAACGGUCACACUGUCUCCGCUUGGUUAGAACACUGAGACAUCGUUCGCCCAUUCCAUUAAAAAGUCGAGACUUGCAAAUCAAACUGAGUUCACUGCGACAACAAAUAUGGAUGGGUAUGCCAUUAAACGUCGCAGAGAAUAUCGAGAAAAGCAUCGAGCAUCCAUUAGUAAAGGGACCAUUGAGCUGGGGAAUAUCCAAUAUGGCGUUAACGCAAAAUAAAAUGGAUAGCGAUGAGAUACUAAAGGGCUGUACAAAAAAAUUACAAUUCCUUGAAUACAUUGGCACGGAAGACAAGAUAAAAGAAAUACAAAAUAAAUAUAAAUGCGUAAAUAUGACGCAUUCGAAAGGUACUGGUUUAGGAAUGGAAAAUCAGCGCCAAGAUCCUGAACGAAAAUCGAGGAAGAAAGAGCCCUCUCUUAAGUGGCAGAAGAUAAUGAAUUCUAGAGUAGAAGAAAUGUGCCACGGCAAAACGUCUUUUCUAACGAUUGACGCGGAUUCUUUAAAAUUAGUCACGCUCGAGGUACCGUCCAAAGUACAAACACGACAACACAAAGUCGAAUCCCGAAGGAAACACCGUAAAAGUGGCGCCACCUGUUCCAUUUCUAAUGGUGGAAAAGCAUCAAGCGUUACGAAAUCUCAAAGGCAUUUGCAAACACAUUCUCGAUCUCAUAUACAGUUGCAGCCGUUAAUUGUUCCUUUAUGCGACAGUUUUUCCUCGGAUAACGACUCUACCGAUUCGCGCACACAAAGAGUUUCUAAGAAAAAAUAUAAAAAAAAGAAACAAGCGAAGAAAAUAAAGUCAACUCUUACAGCGGGAAGGAAAAAACGUACCACUAGCGCGAACGUAUUACGCAACUCGUGAAAAC